CUCAUUACUGAAAAUCAGUUGUCAAUUUAUUUUCAGUUCAAUUACAUACUAAUUUUUCUUGAUUGUUAAAUCUCUUUAUUGUUUAUUGUAUCGUGUUCAAUGACUGAAAUAACUGAAAGCUAUAGUAGUAAAGAUGAAGAUGAUGACAGUAGCGAUGGUGAGAAUGCACAAAAAUUGCAAUCAACUUCCACUGGGUAUCAAAAUAUUAGAUUGGAACAACAGGUAGUCUCGCUUUCAGCUGAAAGUGAUGACAGCGACGAUCCUAUUCCGCGGCGAUUUAUUGAAAACACUGCCAAACAAACGGAUGGCGCUACAAAUGAGGAAAGUGACAGUGGCGGUCCGGAGGAGGAUGUUGCUGAACCCAUAACUCAUGGCAAUAUGCGCAUUGUUGCUUCGCAUUAUAAUGAAUUAAAGGAAACCGGGCGUAAGGAGCGCCUUCUGUCGCGUAUUGUGUACAUGCGAAACUUUAACAACUGGUUAAAGAGUCAACUAAUCGCAGAGUAUUUAGCACGCAUUAAAGCACAACAACGUAUAGGUGAUCCUAUGCGCGUUCUAGAUUUAUGUUGCGGUAAAGGCGGUGAUCUUCUCAAAUGGGAAAAGGCCAAUAUAACCCAUCUUAUUUGUACCGAUAUUGCUGAGGUGUCUGUGGACCAAUGUAAAAAGCGUUAUGAGGAAAUGCAAUCGCGUGCGGAUAAAUCAAAAUUCGCUACCAAAUUCUCUGCUGAAUUCUUUGCCUGUGAUGCCACUUUAGUACGUUUACGUGAGCGCUACAAAGAUAAAUCAAUUAAAUUGAAUUUAGUGUCAUGUCAAUUUGCAUUUCACUACUCCUUUGAGUCUCUUACUCAAGCUGAGUGCAUGGUUCGCAAUGCCGCCGAAUGCUUGCAACCGGGUGGAUAUUUUAUAGCGACUAUUCCGGACGCAAAUGAAAUUAUGCGUCGUUUGCGUCAAUCGCCAAAUCCUCGCAGUAUCGGCAAUGAUAUUUAUAAAAUCGAUUUCAUAUGUGACACAGAUCCUCCACCACUUUUUGGUGCUAAAUAUCAAUUUCAUUUAGAGGGAGUCGUCGAUUGCCCAGAAUUUUUAGUGCAUUUUCCAACAUUCGUUAAAUUGUGUCGCAAACAAGGUUUAAAACUUGAGCGGAAAGCAACUUUUGCUGAUUACUACAAAGAGUCUUUGGAUAAGGGUCGCUCAUUGCUGCAACGCAUGAAUGGUUUGGAAACUGUAAUACCAAAUCGACGAGGGAAAGAUCCCGAGUUUCAGCAUUUACAGAGAUAUUUCAAUGGAGGUUCGUCAAAAGCCGUAGGAACCCUCUCCCAGUCUGAAUGGGAAGCUACAACUCUUUAUCUUGUGUGUGCAUUCCGUAAGUGCAAGAACACAUGGGACAAUGAAGGCAAACCCGUUUUCGAGUUCGACUAGAUGCGUAUAAUAAUAUCUCAAGGUUCAUUGGGGAAGCUAUAAUUAUUUCUUUAAGUGUUUUACUUCUAAAAAGCAGUAAUAAAACUUAUUUUACAUGUUUAAAAACUUUAA